AAAAAAAUAUUGUACGUCACUUUUUUAGAAGGCUAUGGAUUAGCGGCCGAUAGUGUUUUCUAUAAUUGAAAAGUAUUUAUUUUACUCUAGGUUUAGCAUAGCUCUCGUAGUUAUAAACUAAUAAAUAGUAGGCAAAACAUGUCGUAUUCAAAUAAAUACGUUUUCGCGGCUCUGCCGAGGACGCAGCGCGGUACACCGCUUGUUUUGGGCGGUGAUCCGAAGGGAAAAAAAAUCCUUUACACGAACGGAAAUUCAGUUAUCAUCCGCGAUAUUGAGGACCCGGCGAUCGCCGAUGUGUACACGGAGCACUCCUGCCAGGUUAACGUGGCCAAAUAUUCACCGAGCGGCUUCUACAUCGCUUCAGGAGACGCCUCAGGCAAAAUCCGCAUCUGGGACACUGUGAACAAGGAGCACAUCCUCAAAAAUGAGUUCCAACCAAUUGGCGGGCCCAUCAAGGAUAUCGCAUGGAGUGCUGACAGCCAGCGAAUGGUCGCUGUCGGUGAAGGCAGAGAGAGAUUCGGCCACGUGUUCAUGGCCGAGACAGGCACGUCCGUCGGCGAGAUCAGCGGCCAGUCCAAGCCCAUCAACUCGGUGGACUUCCGUCCCGCGCGUCCGUUCCGGAUCGUCACGGCUUCCGAGGACAACACGCUGGCCGUGUUCGAGGGGCCGCCAUUCAAGUUCAAGUGCACUAAACAAGAGCACUCCCGCUUCGCGCAGGCGGUCCGCUAUAGCCCUGAUGGUAGUCUGUUCGCGUCGGCCGGCUUCGAUGGCAAGAUCUUCCUGUUCGAUGGCGCCACUUCUGAACUUAAAGGAGAGUUUGGCUCUCCCGCCCACAAAGGCGGAGUAUACGGCAUCGCGUGGUCCCCCGACGGCAAGCAGCUGCUCUCCUGCUCCGGGGACAAGACCUGCGCCGUGUGGGACGUCGACACCAUGGAGAGGAGCAUACUCUUCAACAUGGGGAACGCUGUGGAGAACCAGCAGGUAUCAUGCCACUGGCAAGGCAAACACCUGAUCACCGUCUCCCUGUCCGGAGACAUCAGCUACCUCGACCCGGAGAACCCGGACAAGCCUCUCCGGGUCCUCACCGGCCAUAACAAGCCCAUCACCUGUCUGGCUUUGCAUCCGGACAAGCACACUGUUUAUACUGCUAGUCAUGACGGCAAUGUCACUGCUUGGAAUGUUGCUACUGGUGAAGGACAACACAUCCAAGGUCAAGGUCACGGAAACCAGAUCAAUGGAAUGCGUGCUGGCAAGGAUGGUUCCCUGCUCACCUGCGGCAUCGACGACUCGCUGCGACGCGCCGUGCCUACAGCUGAAGGCUCCGUGCCCACGUAUACCGCGACGGCCGUGACGCUGGGCGCACAGCCGCGCGGCGUGGACCACAUCCUCGACGACGACACCACCAUCAUCGCCACCGUCAAGGAGCUGUGUGUGGUGAUCGGCGGCAGCAAGCAGUCGGCGAUCCCUCUGGACUUCGAGCCCACCUGCGUCGCCAUCGACCCCAAGAGCCGACACGUGGCUGUAGGAGGAGCGGACAACAAAGUCCACCUGUACACCCUGGACGUGCGCACGCUGACCCCCGGGGUCCUGCUGGAGCACCUCGGGCCGGUCACCGACGUGCGCUUCAGCCCCGACUCGGCCUAUCUAGUCGCCAGCGACGCUAAUAGGAAAGUCAUCCUGUAUAGCACUGAGGAAUACAAGCCGGCGCACAACAAGGAGUGGGGCUUCCACACGGCGCGCGUCAACUGCGUCGCCUUCAGUCCGGACUCCAAGCGCGUCGCGUCCGGCUCGCUCGACACCAAUAUCAUUGUGUGGAGCGUAGAAAACCCCGGCAAGCACAUCAUUAUCAAAAAUGCGCACCCACAGAGCCAGAUCACCGGCGUCGCGUGGCUGGACGACGAGACCAUCGUGUCCGUGGGACAGGACGCCAACACGCGCGUCUGGACCGUGCCUAAACCAUAAAUAUAUCUCACGUUUUCAAUCAAAAUGUACCACAUUGUCGCUUAACAUGAGGACGUAAAUUCGCGUCCUUAUGGCAAGCGACAAUGUGGUACCUUUUGCUUGAAAACUACACACAUACUGGGAGAUAGUGUAUUGCGGAUGUCAUGGGGAUCGUGGGCGGAACGUCUGCCAUCUUCUGGCCAAAAUCGGAUACUUCUAUACCUCACACUUCCUAUAGUUCGUUUUUUAGCAUUAGAAAAAAGGUAAACAAUCUUGACAUGUCUUUUUAUUGAAAAAUAUUGAAAAACGCUUUAAAAAAAAAAUUACUUAUGAAAGCAAAAAAAUGUAAAAGAUCGUAUGAUUUAUAAUUGUAACAUAUUUGCUGCGACUUAUUUUUCAAAAGUGAUUUCUAGUAAAAAGACACGACAAGAUCGCUUACCUUCUUUCUAAUGCUAAAAAAAACUAAGUAUAUAUUUAUCCGAGCGGAUGUUAAUAUACAUUUAUUAAACUGGGGAGACAUCUAUGAGAAACGAAUGAUGCAUUGCUCAGAUCUGGACUUAAAUGUGGCCGUUUCAUUUGGCUAUUUUUGCUGCUUGUUUUAGAACUAACCUAACUGAUCUAUCGUGUUUAUUUAAGGAUGGUAUUCCAUUCUGUCUAAUGUGUAUUUGCGUCUCACAUUUCGCUUAAUGAGAGUGAGAUGCAAUACACAUUGGACAAAGAAAUAAGACUGGUGAAAUUACCACCCUAUGGUUAACAUAAUCGCGACUCCUCGGUUGUAAAAAGAUACAUGUAUUUCUUUACAGUUCCAAAAAAGUAUGUUAUUGAAAUUGCCAGAUGAAACAGUAGCCAACUUAGUUUAAUAAACUCCAUAAUAUUCAAAUUAUUAAAAUAGUUAUGAACAUAACUAAAACGUUACAUAAUAUCAUAAUGCAUUUAUAAUUUUUCUUAAAAUAUUAUAGUCUCCGGAAGUAGGUCACACUUAAACACUUUUUUAAUUUUGAUAAAAAAUGGAUAUUAUGGAGAAAACAUUAAACUCGAGAAAUGUUAAUGUAGAUGCUCAUGAAAUAAAACUAUGAAAAAGGAUUAUAUCGCGUAUAUCGGGUGUUUAUUAAUAACUAUAUGAUUUGAUAGAUUGUAAUUGAAAAUUUUAUGAAGAAAAUUAAUAAUUUUUUUUACAAAUAAUUACGAAAAAUCUGAUCAAUAUAGGAACCUUAGAAUCGUCUUUGGUUAAAUGUAAAUCUAGAAAAAAACAUUAAAACACAAUACAGAAAUACAAUGUCAAAAAUUAUACAAAUAUUAAUAACUACCUAAAAUCUAAAAAAAUCGCGUAUAUUGAAUUUAUAAUACAUCAUAAGAUAAGAUCAUAUGUGCCAUUUUCAACCAAAAGGGUACUUAUUGUCGCUUGUCAGUAAGGCGCUAUUUCCAUAUAGCUUCAAUUAGAAAUCAACCUUAUCAAUGUGGUACCUUUUGGUUGAAAACGUAAUUCAAUAUACUCGAUAUAAUCCGUUUUCAUAGUUUUAUUUAAUGUAGAUGUUUAAAAAAAUUGGCCGACACGUCUCCCCAAUACAACGAUAUUUAUACCCCAGAAGAUUUUCUACAUAUAAUUUAACUAACAUAUUUAUUUCGCUUACUUUUAAGUUGUAAACUUAAUCAGAUGCUCAGUUUUAUAAUUUAUUUUUACUAACUGCGCGUAUUUAAUUAAAAUGGGACUGACUGUUCAUUUUGAUCUCAACCAAUAAGAACUGAAGGAUUUGUAAAUGUUAAACUGCGUUCUAACCAUAACUAUAUCUGAUCUGUUGUACUGAUAUUUUGAACUACAAACGUAUUAAAUAUAUAAGUCUAAAACCAUUAACCUUUUGGACGCCAAUGACGGAUAUAUCGGCACCGCAGAUGCAACUCUAAAGACGGAUUAAUCGGUCACAGACCACAGAGCAACAUAGACCUACGUGCAUGUGCAUAAAGUUCAAUUUCAGUUUUGACACUUCGGUGACGUGGCGUCCGAGUGACAGCUUUUGUGUUUGACACUGCGUCAAAAAGGUUAAAACAGUACCUCACGGUAAAUUAUGAUUCCUUAUUGGUUGACCGAGACGCCAUUUUGAUAAUAAUGUCUUCUUAUUGGUCAAGCUCUAAGCGACUUGCCGCACAACGCAAAACAGCCGUUUUUGUUACAUUCGAAAACUCAUUCAAAUGUAUAUCGUAUAUUCGAGCAAUAAAUUCCAAAUUCAAAUUAGUUUUCCAAUGUUACACGGUUUUUAUGCGUAUGGGGCAAUAUUUACGUAACCCUUUUAGAACCCAUUUUAAUUUUAUAUCUAGUCAAAAUUACUUAAAAGCGAUGAUGUGUGACGUUUUCAAGUAAAAGGUACCACAUUGUGGCUUACCGUAAGGACGAAAUUUGCUAGUAUGUUUAUACGAAUAACCUGUCAGAGCGUCCUUAUGGUAAGCGACAAAGUGGUACCUUUUAACGACAACGACACAUAUACUUGUUUCCAUCAGAACUGGUUGUUCUUUUUAACAAAACUGCAUACAUGUGUAAAGAAUUGCUCUAUGCAUAUAACGGUCAGUCCAAUAUUAUUUAUAAUAUCUAGAGAUCUAAGAGAUCGCCAACUGCUACUAACUAGUGUGAUUGCAUUUAUACCAGUUUUCCUACGAAUUGUGAACAAAACUUGUGUCUAAACAGUAUUUUUAUACUAAUUUCUAAAAUAUUUUUCUCGAUUUUUUACGUGAUUUCUACUGAACUAAAAUGAAGUAUGUAUGUAACUAGGAUAAGUAAUAAAUUGUAUACACUUGUA